AUGACUAUCGGUGAUAAACAAAAAUGGACAGCUGAAAAUGUUCGUUCUACAUUUUUAGAUUAUUUUAAAUCAAACAAUCAUACUUUUGUUCCAUCUUCUCCAGUUGUUCCAUUCGAUGACCCAACUUUAUUAUUUGCCAAUGCUGGUAUGAAUCAAUAUAAACCUAUUUUCUUAGGUACUGUUGACCCAUCCUCUGAUUUCUAUAGCUUGAAGCGUGCUUACAACUCUCAGAAAUGUAUUAGAGCUGGUGGUAAACAUAAUGAUUUAGAAGAUGUUGGUAGAGAUUCUUAUCAUCAUACUUUCUUUGAAAUGUUGGGUAACUGGUCAUUUGGUGAUUAUUUCAAAGAAGGUGCUAUCACAUUUGCUUGGAACUUAUUAACCAAAGUAUACAGCAUUCCAUCAGAAAGAUUAUACGUUACUUACUUUGAAGGUGAUGCUUCUCAAGGUUUAGAACCAGAUUUAGAAGCUAAGCAAUUAUGGCUAAAUGCUGGUGUUCCAGAAGAUCAUAUCUUACCAGGUGAUACUCAUGACAACUUCUGGGAAAUGGGUGAACAAGGUCCAUGUGGUCCAUGUUCUGAAAUCCAUUAUGAUAGAAUUGGUGGUAGAAACGCUUCUUCCUUGGUUAACCAAGAUGAUCCAGAUGUAUUGGAAAUCUGGAAUUUAGUUUUCAUGCAAUUUAACAGAGAAUCUGACCAUUCCUUAAAGAAGUUACCAGCUUGUCAUGUCGAUACUGGUAUGGGUUUUGAAAGAUUAGUUUCUGUCUUACAAGAUGUUAGAUCUAAUUAUGAUACAGAUGUCUUCCAACCUUUAUUUACUCGUAUUCAAGAAAUUUGUAACGUUAGACCAUAUUCUGGUAAAUUUGGUGCUGAAGACAAAGAUGGUAUUGAUACUGCUUACAGAGUUUUGGCCGAUCAUGUCCGUACUUUGACUUUCUCUAUUACUGAUGGUGGUGUUCCAAAUAAUGAAGGUAGAGGUUAUGUUUUGAGACGUAUUUUAAGAAGAGGUGCUCGUUACGCUCGUAAAUAUAUGAACUAUCCAAUUGGUAACUUCUUCUCUACUUUAGCCCCAACUUUAAUUGGACAAGUUAAGGUCAUCUUCCCAGAAGUCACCAAGGAUCCAUCUUUCUUGUACGAAAUUUUAGAUGAAGAAGAAGCUUCAUUUGCCAAGACUUUAGAUCGUGGUGAAAAAUUAUUUGAAAAAUACGUUGAGGCUGCUGCUCAAUCAGGCACCAAAGUUUUAGAUGGUAAACAAGUUUGGAGAUUAUAUGAUACUUAUGGUUUCCCAGUUGAUUUAACUGAAUUGAUGGCGGAAGAACAUGGCUUAAAGAUUGAUGGUCCAGGCUUUGAAAAAGCUAAACAAGAAUCAUACGAAGCUUCCAAGAGAGGAGGUAAGAAAGAAGCUGAUAACUUAAUUAAAUUAAAUGUCCACACCUUAUCUCAAUUAAAUGAAGCUAAAGUACCAAAGACUGAUGACAGUGCUAAAUACGGUAACAAAGAUAUUGAAAGUACCAUUUUAAAAAUCUUCGAUGGUAGUGAAUUCGUCACUGAAAUCAAAGAAAUCGGUAAGAGUUAUGGUAUUAUCUUAGAUAAAACUUGUUUCUACGCUGAACAAGGUGGUCAAGAAUACGAUACUGGUAAAUUGGUUAUUGACGGUUCUUCUGAAUUUAACGUUGAAAAUGUUCAAUUGUACAACGGUUUCGUUUUCCACACUGGUAUUUUAGCCGAUGGUUCUUUAUCUGUUGGUGAUAAAAUUAUCGCUUCUUUUGAUGAAUUACGUCGUUUCCCUAUCAAAAACAACCAUACUGGUACUCAUAUUUUAAAUUUUGCUUUGAAAGAAACUCUAGGUGGUGAAGUUGAUCAAAAGGGUUCUUUAGUUGCCCCAGAAAAGCUGAGAUUUGAUUUCUCUCACAAGAAAGCUGUUUCUUUAGAUGAAUUGGCUAAAAUUGAAGCUAUUUGUAAUAAACAGAUUGAAGAAAGUUUGGCUGUCUACUACAAAGAUGUUCCAUUAGAAAAAGCUAGAACUAUUUCCUCUGUUCGUGCUGUUUUUGGUGAAACUUACCCAGAUCCUGUUCGUGUUGUCUCUGUUGGUGUACCUGUUGAAGACCUAAUGGAAGAUCCAACCAACGAAAAGUGGACCAACUAUUCUGUUGAGUUCUGUGGUGGUACCCAUGUUGCUAAGACUAGUGAUAUUAAGUUCUUUGUCAUUAUUGAAGAAAGUGGUAUUGCUAAGGGUAUUAGAAGAAUUGUUGCUGUUACUGGUACUGAAGCUUUUGAAGUCCAAAGAAUUGCUAAUGAAUUUAAUUCUGCAUUAGAUGCUGCGGAAAAGCUUCCAUUUUCUCCAGCUAAGGAAAAGAAAUUAAAGGAAUUAGGCGUUGAAUUAACUCAAUUAUCUAUUUCUGUUGUUACUAAAAAUCAAUUGAAAGCUAAAUUCACUAAGAUCGAAAAAGUCGUUAAGGACGAAAUCAAAGCAAGAGCUAAAAAGGAAACCAAACAAACAUUGGAUGCUGUCCAAACUUACUUCACUGAAAAUGCAGAUGCUACUUAUUUCGUCAAGCAUAUCAAUAUUCCAACUAACGCCAAAGCUAUUACUGAAGCCAUUAACUACAUGAAAUCAUCAGCUAAGGAUAAAUCUAUCUAUUUAAUUACUGGUAAUGAUCCAACAGGCAGAGUUGCUCAUGGUUGUUAUAUAUCAAAUGUUGCUCUUGAUAAGGGUGUUGAUGGUGCUGGAUUAGCCAAGACUGUUUCUGGUAUUAUUGGUGGUAAGGCCGGUGGUAAAGGGAACGUAUUCCAAGGUAUGGGUGACAAGCCAGACUCAAUUGAAAAAGCUAUCUCUGAAAUCGAAACUGCAUUGAAAGAAAAAUUAUAA